UCUAUACUACAGUAAUCUCUCAGUCAUAGACUCAUUGGUCAUACAGUUGUAUGAAUUAAAUAAUAAAAUUUUUUCACAGAUAUUAUACAUUACAUUAAAAAAAAACCUAUUGUUUAGUAUAUAUAUUAACUAUUAAUACAUUAUUUUUAGUCCUAUUUUAUCAUCAGUUCAGUCGACUUGUGGGCAGAUUUUUGUCUCUCUCUCUCUCUCUUAACAAUCAUAUGAUUUGACUGACUCUUUGAGGUUAACAAAAAACCACUGAUUUUUUUUUUGAUUGAUUUAUUGUUUGUUGUCGUCGUUUAAGACAUCCAUUUGUGUGUAUCUCUUGUUUUCAUAAUAAUAAUAAACUGAUUGGAUUGGAUCCCAAUUGAUCCCAACCAACAACAACAACAACAAAUGGCAUCGCGAAAGAAAGUAUUGCUUAAAGUAAUCAUUUUGGGUGACAGUGGUGUUGGCAAGACAUCGCUGAUGAACCAAUACGUUAACCAUAAGUUCUCCAAUCAAUAUAAGGCUACCAUUGGUGCAGACUUUCUAACCAAAGAGGUGGUGGUCGACGACCGACUGGUCACUAUGCAGAUAUGGGAUACCGCAGGCCAGGAACGGUUCCAGUCGUUGGGCGUCGCUUUCUACAGGGGAGCCGACUGUUGUGUAUUGGUGUUUGACGUAACGGCGCCCAAUACGUUCAAAUCGUUGGACUCGUGGCGGGACGAGUUUCUGAUACAGGCAUCGCCCAGGGAUCCCGAAAAUUUCCCGUUUGUCGUAAUCGGCAAUAAAGUGGAUUUAGAGAAUCGAGCCGUGUCGACCAAACGGGCACAGGGAUGGUGUCAGAGCAAGAAUAAUAUACCGUACUUCGAGACCAGUGCUAAAGAAGCUAUUAAUGUCGAACAAGCAUUUCAGACGGUAGCCAAAAACGGUUUGGCACAGGAGACUGAAGUUGAAUUAUAUAAUACCGAUUUUCCCGACAAAAUCAAUUUAAACAAUGAUAAUGCUAGCAAUAGAAAUGACAGCUGUGCCUGUUAGAGAGUAAGCGACUACACACUAAUCGACUUACCGUUUGAUUACCGAUUUUAUUAUAUCAAUAAUAAU